CGUCGUUACUUUCCAGGAAAGUAAUGGAAAGCAACACUUCGGGAGAAAGUCUUCCAACGUGUACUCGAAAUAAUUGCGAUGAUAAUAAGAAUAAUAAUAAUACAGAAGAAGAAGAAUCCCUUCUAUUAAAGUCCGUAGAUAAUAAUAUAGCAGAUGUUUCCUUUUUGGAAGAGAAUUUGGAAAAGAGUCCCAACGCCAACUCAAAGAACGGUCGUUUUACAGAGUUUCCAGCCUUUCACUCCGACACUUCGACUGAAAGGGAGGAUAAACAAAGGGAACAGUUGAGUCUGGAUAGUGAAUACUGGAGAGAGCUUCAACAGUUUGGUUUCCCUUCGUCAUUCUUAGUGGAUACACAAUAUCUACAACUUUGUAGACACAUUCUUACCGAUUCAGGUGGUAUACAAAGUACACUGGAGAGCCUGGAGCCUUCCGAAAAGAUAGGCACUUCGGAGAAGAAAGAGCCUUCGCAAUUCUCGCGCUUCGUAGGUUCGCCAAUGAUUCCUAGUAUGAGUUCUUUUAGAGAGAAUGCUAUAUUGCCGCCUCCUCCAGUUCAACCUCCAUCCUCUCAAGCACAAGAUUUUGUAGACUACGAAUUUUCAAAAAACAACUCUUUUUUUGCUAGUGAUGGACAUCCAUUAUGGGAAUAUACAGAAAGUGAGAGUUCAUCAACUCAUUUAAAGGCUUUUCCAUUCGAUACUACUUCACAUUCUUGUAUGAAAGAUAGUGAAGCUUUUUCUGGAUUUGAAGACAAACAAACCACAGUGACCAAUGUAGAGGAGCGACUGAGACACCGUAAUGCAUCAAUUCACGAUAAAACGUCAACAGAACUUUCUCUAACUCCCGUUGGACAUCGUAUUCCUGUUGAGGAUAUUUUACUUCAAGACCAUAGAAAAUCGGGUCGCUUUGGAAGUAAUUUUUCUCAAAGAGUUAGUGAUGAUUUGAACAACAGUUUUAUAGAAAAGUCUUGUUCAGCUGACGGAAGCAAAACGUUAAAGAAACGUUUGAUAUGGACUCCCGAGUUGCAUGAUCGAUUUCUCAAAGCAGUAAAUGCUGUUGGAGUGAAUAAUGCAGUCCCAAAAACUAUUUUGUAUUUAAUGAAUGUUGAAGGCUUAACUUCGGAACAUGUCAAAAGCCAUCUACAAAAAUAUCGAAAUAACUUAAAAAAGGCCGCUGCAAGGAGACAAAGAGAAACGGGACAUUUUCAUUCAAACGCUUCGUUUCAUGAGUUUCCUUUUCAGAAUUUGUAUUCCAACGCUCGAGAUGAUUCAAUAUCGGAACAUUACUCACCAGUUGAAGUGUCUGCAGAUGAUAGAGUUCUAUAUGACAACUCAUUAAGAUCGAAUACCAGUCAAUUACCGGAGUCGAGUGUGCCUCGAGAUGAAGCAAGAAACAAUGCUAUGGUAGAUAAUAUCAUGGAACUUGAUUUACAAAUACAAAGCAUUGUACAUUUACUGGUUACUGCACGUCACAGAGUCGCAGAACUUUCCAUGUCGCUGGAGCAGUGGCUACCACAUUGUUCUUCUUCAAAUGAUUGGGUACGAGUUUUAAAAGAGCAGACAAAUUUAUUCCAACAAAAUGAAAUGCAACUUUUACAAAUACAGCGUGACUUUGAGAAACAACAAAGAGAGUUGAAGACCUUGGAAAAAUGGAGCUUGCCUGGAGUAGAACAAGGAAACUCCUAAAGAGGUGGAUAUCCAGUCACAAUUUGGUUUGAGCCUUUGGAAACCAUGAUUGAUUAACUUUGCUAUUGUCACUAGUAGUAUGUUUUUGCGUACAGUAUAUAUAGUAUUACAAAUAACCAGGUACUUGAUGUAUUCUAAUAUUAACGUAUAGAGAUUUGUAUAAAAGGCAAAGAUUUUCA